AUGUUAAACUUAACUUCACCUCCUUUGUCUUAUGUUAUUCUUGGGGCUUACAUUAAUGUUGGAAGUUUAAAAUACUUCUAUUUCACAUUAAGUGUAAUAUUUUACAUUAUAAUCAUUAUGGCCAACAUAUCAUUGACUAUGGUUAUCUGUGUGAACAGAAGCUUACAUGAACCUGUGUACAUGUUUCUGUGCAGCCUGUUUGUAAAUGAGCUGUAUGGUAGUACAGGGCUGUUUCCAUUCCUCCUGAUUCAGAUCCUCUCUGAUGUUCACACUGUUUCUGGUCCUUUGUGCUUCCUGCAGAUUUUCUCUUUGUAUACGUAUGCAAACAAUGAAUUUUGUAAUUUAGCUGUCAUGUCUUAUGACAGAUACCUCGCUGUCUGUUGGCCUUUACAAUAUAAAUCCAUAAUGACGUAUAACAAGGUGUUUUUCUUAGUAAUUUUUGGAUGGUUGUACCCAUUUAUUUGUAUUCUUACUGGCUUAUCUUUAACCCUCCGUCUGACACUGUGUGGAAACACCAUUGAUAGUUUGUAUUGUCGUAACUAUCUGAUUGUUAAGUUGGCGUGUUCAGAUACAAAUGUGAAUAAUAUUUAUGGACUUUUUGUCACUGUUGUCACCAUCCUAGUCCCUCUGCUUCCAAUCCUCUACUCCUACCUGAAAAUACUCAGAAUUUGUUUUUCUGGCUCCAAACAGAUGAGGCGUAAAGCUGUCAGUACCUGCACACCUCACCUGGCCUCCCUCCUAAACUUUUCUUUAGGGUGUUCAUUUGAAAUACUUCAGAGCAGGUUUGAUAUGACCAGUGUGCCCAGUGUGGUGCGAAUCUUCCUGUCUCUGUAUUUUCUCAUCAUUCAACCUGUUUUCACUCCAAUCAUGUAUGGAAUACAAAUGUCCAAAAUAAGAAAAGCCUAUAAACAUACCUUCUUGAGAGGAAUUUUCAAGUGUUGUGUGGAAAAAGGACACAAGAAGGCUAUGUACACGUUCUUUGUAAUUAAAGGUGAUGGCUUCAACAUUCUGAGCUACAAAACUUCAACAGCACUGGGAUUAAUCAACGUGGUCACAGCAGUGGCAGCUAAAGCACAGUGUCGUACUGUUGCUGAUGAGCUGGUGGAGAGUCAUCCAGAUUUGUUCCAAGGGAUUGGAAAAUUGAAAGAUUUUCAGGUGAAGCUUCAUAUAAAUCCUGACGUUAAACCUUCAUGCCAGCCACAUCGACGUGUGCCCUUCCACAUACGCGAAAAAGUGGAGGAUGAACUUAAGAAACUACAGGAGGACGACAUCAUUGAAGAUGUAACUGAUCCCACACCUUGGGUUUCACGAUCGUCACACCGCCUAAACCUAAAGAUCCCGAAAAAGUGA